AUGAGCUUCAGGAAUGAAUACGAAGAACAGGUGCGAGCCUGGGGCUUCAACCGUGUUGUUACUUGGAGCGAUUCCCCAAACACCCACUAUCCACCGCAUUCUCAUGCGUCUUUGACUACCCAUCUGAUCACCCAGGGGUCGAUGACAUUAUGGUAUCCCAAAGAGGAAGACAACCAGAAGCAGGUUUACACUGUUGGAUCACGUAUUGACGUUGAUGCGGGAAGGGUUCAUGAAGUUAUCAUCGGAGGAAGUGGGUGUACCAUGGUAAUUGGCGAAUGA